AUGGAAACUAGUAGCUCGGUAGUGUGUUUGCACAAGAAAAUUGUUGCAGCCUUUUUGCACAGUAAAGCCUCCAGGAAAAAGCACAUACCAUUUUGGGAUGCAAUUUUUUUAUGGGUGAUUUCUAUGGGCUCAUGUGCUAAUGGCGGAGGAUAUUACCACUACUCCUAUUCGGUGCUCCGUGGAUGCGAUCGUAUAAUUCCGGUUGAUAUAUAUGUUCCUGGAUGUCCACCAUCUGCUGAGGAAACUGGUUUCGCUUUCAGAGGGGUUUUUUUUAUGUUGGGCGCAGCUAUAAUCACAGAACUGGUUAAUACCGGCGACUUACCUUUGCAUAUAAAUGCGGGAAGUUUUGAUGUUGGGUGGGGGAGAAAAGGCCAGGCAAAAGCGAGACUUGACAAAUUUCCACAGCUAGAGCUAGAGCUAUUUUUCGUGUACCGCUUCCUAGUACUGAUUUUGUUAGUAAAAUGGUGA